AAACGUCAACUGUGCUGCCUUCCAAUUUGACUGACUAAGACAAUACUCCAACUCGACACAAUUCUGUGUACACUCCAAAAUUCUCCCUCAAGACGUAUUCUACUGUCUCGAGUGAGCAAAAUGUCGGAUAGCAUAUUGGACAAGCUCAAUCAGAGCAUUAGUGCCACAGCAAACGAUCCGGCAGUGCCCCUCGAACAGCGAACUUUCGAAGAAGCAGAACUGGUACUGGCAUCGACAUUAUCCGAAAACGAAAAUUUACAGCUCGUUUCAUCACUAUCGUCGCUUCUGCCAACGCUCCAACAAGAUCCCACGCCAGCCGUCAAUCUACUAUUGCGACUGCUCGACAAGUACAGCUAUGGAGACAUCCUUCAGCUUGGCAGUAUCCCCUUCAAGGAAGGUCUGGCAGUCGGGGACCAUAUGGCCUCGUACAAUUUGCUCAUCAUAUCGAUCCUCAAGAAGGCUACUUCGAACGCUGCCGACACAGCAUCGGUCGCGGGCAUGCUCGACACCGUCAUGGCUUUAGUGCAACUCUGGCUAUGCACACGAAUCACUGGAGUGGCGACCGCUGCACAGCAGCUGCUUCUCGAUCUUCUGCGGAUCGACCAAGAGGUCCAAACGGGACCUGAUACGCAUGUUCCCACUGGCGGCCAGGGUCUGAUGUGGAGACGGCUCUUUGGCGAUCAGGAUAUCUACAGAGUGUACUUUGAAGCUUGCUCAUGUCUGACUCCGGGCAAUCACGGAUUUGGGUUGUCCAAAAAUCAUCGCACAGAAGCUGCUGGUCGGCUGAUGGAGUGGCUGUCCGAAGUCGCCAAGAUGGACUGGAGUGUAGUCUCACGCAGUCAUCAUCCAGACAUUGAGCGAGAAUACAAAUCUGAAGGGGGUUUGAUCGGUUUCGCGACAUCACAUAUGGUCGAAAAAGACGACAUUCUUUUGUACCGAAAUCUGAUCGAUUUCUACUCGGCGAUUCUUGCGGCGACCAAGCCGGAGGCAGCAGAACUUGGAAGCAGCAGUACAGACUCUGCCAGUCUACACUACCUGAUCGCUUCAGGUGUGCACGCAAGUACGAUCGCAAUCUACCUACAAACAUCUGGAAGACCCGUUGACCCGCUCGAGAGCACCUUUCUCUACGGACCCGCUGCCAAUUACGUGGCGACAUAUGCGUCACUGUAUUCGGAGCAUUUCCUGGCUAGCCAGCUUGCAGAACAAGUCAAAGCUCGCUUACGGGUCACAUUGGAUCAGUCACCAUCCAGAUGGGCACAUGCAGAGUCUCCAAAGCACGAUCUUCACCUACUUGCUAGUCUUCCGCGCAGUGCCCUGCUCUCGACAGGUAACUGGCAAUCCAGUCCACUUUCGUUGCUACCGUCGAAAGCAACAAAUCCAGACGUGCUCAAUACUCUUGCCACCGUUUUUCGAGGGCCUGACAGAGACAUCACAUUCAAGUUGGGGUCGUCCAGCGGGUCUGCAGCGCCAUCAGCUAGGUCAUUGGAAGAAGCCGCCGAAGCCAGGGCUCUAUAUUUCCAUUACGUGGCCAACAACCCUCGCCUAUGGCAAGAUAUCGCAAUACAUGCCGACACGGUUGCGCUUAAGGAUCUUGCGCUGUCAGCAAUCAACGUCUUAAGUGCGUUAAGUACAGCACAUUGGUCCGUCACACCGGAGAUCUCCAUGCCAGAUAAUAUCGCCACUCCAGAGUCUGGACACCUCGCAUUAGUUGCACAGCCUGCCUUGGAGUAUGCAUGGCCCUAUCUGCUUAGACCAUCCCGCAGCUUUGCAAACCUCGUGGGCGGAAGAGGAGACGCAGAAAGCUCUGCCUAUCAAGUUGCUGAAGCGAAACACGACGCACUGCGCAGCCUUGAGCUCCGCUUCAAGAUGCAGGUGGAGCAGACGCCUGGUGAAGGCUACGAGGACAUACUGGCGCAGCUAUCUAAGCGUGUCGCUGACGGUCCUUUGGACCGCGAAGGAGAGAUCGGAGGCCGCAUCGGCACGCUUGAAUUGUAGCAUCAUUUGCUCCGCCAGACUAGACUUGAGGGUCGUUUUGGUGGACCUGAAAAGUGGGCUCGAUUGGUCCUCGAGAAGUCGGUCAACACUGUGAUUCGCUUGCAGGAGCCCCUACCCAGAGUGCGCUUCUCACUGUUCGUUGAAGUCGGGCGCAGGACAAUAGUUGACCUUGAACACAGAGAGAACAGCUCAGAUGAGGUGUACUUCAAUUAUGGUCCCGACUGAAGAGUUGCAAAGCGAUUGAGUAGGACUCCAAAAGCAUCAUUAUUGGGGGGCACAGCACAAUUGCAUGCAUUAAUGAUUGUACAUUGAUUUCAUUCCGUCU